AUGUGUGGAGGUGCAAUUAUUUCCGAUGAACCCAUCAUCAACAAGAGAGGGAAAUUAACCACAGAAGAAUUAUGGGCUGAAUUUGAUACAAUUUCUGAGUUCUGGGGCUUCAAUUCCUCUAAUGACAAGGAUCUGCAACCCAUCAACAAGCCCAAGAAAUUCAACAAAGGGACAAAUGAUAAGGCGGAACAGAAGAACUGUCCAAGGCCAAGGAAGAAUAUGUACAGAGGCAUAAGGCAAAGGCCAUGGGGGAAAUGGGCGGCAGAAAUUCGUGACCCGAAAAAGGGUGUCCGAGUCUGGCUCGGAACCUUCAGCACGGCGGAGGAAGCAGCCAGGGCCUAUGAUGACGCUGCCAAGCGCAUCCGUGGGGACAAGGCGAAACUCAACUUUUCCGACAAUCUACGACCGUCGACUCCGCCAACCCCGCCGGUUCAGCCACCGGCCAAGCGACUGUGUGUCAAUCCUGAGCCAAACUCGUUAAUGGAUUACGGGAUUCAAACUACCCGGCAACAAGAAGUUUACUACCCAACCCAGGCGGUGGCUAGUCAAUCUUUUGAGUUCAAGGAUAAAAUUUCGAGCUUGGAAUCGUUGUUGGGAUUGGAACCAGCUGAGCCACCUCAGUUUGUCAACUCUGAGUCAGAUGACUCGGUUGAUCUUUGGAUGAUGGAGGAUUUUGGACAGAAUAAUCUGUUCUUCUGA